CAAAGUAUGGUUUCCGGCAAAGGCCCAAACCAUUCUCCACGGGCAGCUUGUGGGUCUUUGAAAAACCAAACCAGAACUGAAGUAAAACAAAACCUCUUUUUUAAAUACAGUUUCUUCUACCGAAUAACUCUCAAAACGUUAUACUGUAUUUCGUACGCCUACGACCAAAUCCUCGUUCAUUUUGCUUUUCUUACUAUCUUCACCGUCACCGGAAAAUGAGUUCCGGCCGACGAGUGUCCUUCGCCCUCAUUCUCUUCUUUUAUCUUAUAAUAUCCUCCCACUCUCUUAGUUCUAACUAUAAUUUCCGAACGAAGCACAAAAUCAAAGGACCCAUUAAAACUAUAGUUAUCCUCGUCAUGGAAAACCGUUCCUUUGACCAUAUUUUAGGUUGGCUCAAAUCGACCCGACCCGAUAUCGACGGCCUCACCGGUUCCGAGUCAAAUCCAGUCAACGUCACCGACCCCAACUCUCCCGAAAUUCCCGUCUCCGACGAUGCUCUCUUCGUCGAUUCCGAUCCGGGCCACUCCUUCCAAGCGAUCCGAGAACAGAUUUUCGGGUCGAACGAUAGCUCAGCCAACCCCGCUCCGAUGAAUGGCUUUGUCCAACAAGCGGAGAGCAUGGGUGAAGGCAUGGGAAAAACGGUCAUGAGCGGGUUUAAACCGGGUCGAUUACCGGUUUACACGAAGUUAGCGAACGAGUUCGGCGUUUUCGACCGGUGGUUUGCUUCGGUUCCCGCUUCGACUCAACCGAACCGGUUUUACGUUCAUUCGGCGACGUCGUUCGGAGCCAUGAGUAAUGUCAAGAAAGAUCUCAUCAACGGAUUCCCUCAGAAAACGAUUUUCGAUUCGUUGGACGAAAAUGGCCUUAGCUUCGGCAUUUAUUACCAAAAUAUCCCGGCCACCCUUUUCUUCAAAAGCCUAAGAAAAUUGAAACACCUGACCAAAUUCCACAGCUACGCGUUGAAGUUCCGGCUCCAUGCUCGGCUCGGGAGGUUACCCAAUUACGUGGUGGUUGAGCAACGCUACUUUGACGUCACGGCAUUUCCGGCCAACGACGAUCACCCGUCGCACGACGUGGCGUGUGGACAGAAAUUCGUGAAGGAGGUGUACGAGAUACUUAGAGGUAGUCCGCAGUGGAGCGAGACCGCGCUUUUGAUUACGUACGAUGAGCACGGGGGGUUUUAUGAUCACGUGCCGACUCCUGUCUCGGGUGUGCCUAACCCUGAUGGGAUUGUGGGUCCCGACCCGUAUUAUUUCAAGUUUAAUAGGUUGGGUGUUAGGGUCCCUACUAUCUUGGUCUCUCCCUGGAUCGACAAGGCUACUGUUAUCCAUGAACCAGUUGGGCCAACACCACAUUCACAGUUCGAACAUUCUUCAAUCCCUGCAACAGUGAAGAAACUUUUCAACCUGAAUUCUAAUUUCCUGACAAAGAGGGAUGCUUGGGCUGGUACCUUCGAGAGUUAUUUUAACCUGCGCAAAACUCCACGUAAUGACUGUCCAGAAACUCUACCUGAGGUGAAGACAUCAUUGAGGCCAUGGGGACCAAAAGAAGAUGCUCGCCUCUCAGAAUUCCAAGUUGAACUCGUUCAGCUUGCAUCACAGCUCAAUGGUGAUUAUGUCCUUAAUACUUACCCAUAUAUUGGUAAAAGCAUGACUGUGGGUGAAGCCAACAGAUAUGUAGAGGAUGCAGUCAAGAGGUUCGUCGAAGCUGGAAAGGCUGCUAUAAGAGCUGGAGCUAAUGAAUCUGCAAUUGUGACAAUGAGGCCUUCUCUUACCAGUCAAAUUAAGGUAGAUCGGAGCAGCAAUGUGGAAGCAUAUUAGUCCCUCUGUACCAUUGCUCAUUGUAAAUAGAAAUUUAAACUAUCACACUAUAUACUAUUCCCUGCACAUAUUUAUAGCUGAUCUGCCAGAGUAGCAGCAUAACUGAAUAUCAUUGACACUGGUCAAAUAUACUUGUUUGUGUAUUAUAACCUCACAAUUAUUACAUACUACACGUUUCUUUCCCA